AUGUGUAAACAUAUUGUAUUGCUUAUUAUUGUGAUACAUUGCUGUUUCAAUGCCUAUGAGGCACAAACUACAAAUAAACAAUGUGCGCAAAAUAAUGAAUAUUGUUUAACCCAUCGAGAUUGUUGUUCGGGAAGCUGCUUAAGCUUCUCGUAUAAAUGCGUACCAGUGCCAGCAAGUGCGUCAGUGAGUACUGUGUUAGUACCGGUCAAGCCAACCCCAAUAGACACCGAAAAUAGGUUUGGAGGUGAUGACGGUGGCGCUAGCUUGACCCAAAAAACAUGUGCACUCAAUGGAGAAUAUUGUUUAACGCAUGCAGAGUGCUGUUCGGGCAACUGUUUGACUUUCUCCUAUAAAUGUGUGGCCUUGAAUCCACCUGGUUCAACGGAGACCGUGUCUAAAGAUCCAACGUCACAAAACCCAACCGUCAAUUUUACGAAUCGUAUUGGUGAAGAAACUUCAGUAAAUCCUGCAACAGAUUUUGCUUCUACUCAAAAAAAAUGUGCUGGGAUUGGAGAAUAUUGUCUAACGUCUUCGGAAUGCUGCUCUAAAAGUUGUUUAAGCUUCGCGUAUAAAUGCGUCAACAGGUAUGACCUUUAUGCUGGCGCUGAGCCAAAUCCAUCAACGUCCCCAAUUUCUACUGCUAAUCGAUUCGGGGAUUCUUCAGUAGAUUCGAACAUAGGAACACGUAAAUGCACAUCGAAUGGAUUAUACUGCUUCCACAAUAAAGAGUGCUGUUCGGGGGCGUGCUACAAAUCAAUAUGUUCUACAGAGAUCCGACUUGGUGUACCGGAGUCAGAAUUAACCCGUCCAUCGGUAGCUAAUGGACCUUACAUUCCAGUAAAUAAUCUGGAUGAUCUCAUUUCUCGUUUUGGAGGACAAAUUUCGACAACCGAACAAAGUCUUCAGCGUCAAGAAAGGCGUUGUAAAAUUGUUGGUGACAUCUGCAAUCGACAUGAAGAUUGCUGCACCUCGAACUGCCAUUCAUACAGACGAAAGUGCGUCAAUUAA